CACGUGCUUCUGCACGAUCCUCGCAGCCAUUUUCACGAAAGUGUUACGUGCGCCAUGUCUGUGGAAGAUCCCGAAAAAGGCGUCGAAAAUAAAUACAAUAUUCUGCAUCUGCGAGCUCGCACCAGGGCGUCUGUGAAAUCGCCGGGGACAUAAACAAAGCUGGGGGUAUCAAAGCUGUGUUGAGACAGCGUUAAACAUGACAGAGGAUAUAUAAUGUCUGUGAAGCGUCUCAUGUGUUGUUGAGACGCGUAAACCGUGAGUGUUUUUCUCCAGACUGUAAAUAUAUCCAAAUCUUCAGCCAACGAGUGACUGAUGCAUCUCACUCGGGUUGCGGAGCAGGGCCAGUUCCGUUUCCAACCAUCAUGGCUUUUGUGAGCCUCUUCUCAAGUCCCCCAAGCCCCGUACUUGACAAAAACAUGACAGACUGUGAGCUGGCAGGGGAAGAAAGGGAGGAUGGCGAAUUGGAGGAUGGAGAAAUAGAUGAUGAAGGCAUCAGCAUAGAAGAAGAAAAGGAAAUUAAGGAGGAGUCUGAAGAAGCAGAGAAGGGAAAAGAGAGAGAAAAAGACGACAAGUCACACCGGCACUCGCGAAAAAGACACAGGAAGAUUAAAGAAAAACGGAGGUCAAAGAAAAGGAGACGAGACCGACAAAAGCAUCACUCUCCAUCCAGCGGCUCCAGCUCAGACAGUUAUGACUCGGAGCACGAGCGUCAAGACAGACCUAAGAACAAGAAGAGUAAAGGGACAUACCACGAUCAUGAUGGAGAGUUUGCACAGAGAGAAAAUGAACCUGUUAAACCUUCAAGGUCAGUGCAGCACAAGAACAGUGAUAUGGACAAAUACAGUGACUACAGUGAAGAAAAAUAUGACUAUGCUGAAGAGGAGGAUAAUUUCUCAGAGGAGUUGUCCAAUUACAAACAUGCUAAAGAGUCAUCUGGACAUGGCAAAGCAGGGCCACCUAAAGAGCAGGCCAAGAGACCCAUCAUGAAGGGACAACAAAGACAGCAGCAAUUUGGUGGACAGCGUGGAAGAGGGCGUGGUGCUGCAGGCAGGGGGCGGGGAUUGCCCAACAAGAACAAGAAACCAAAGGGGAAGAACUGGGGUCGGGGGCGUGGUCGAGGAGGAGAGCAGGGCGGAGGUGACAUGGAAUCCAGAGGUCAGCCUAGUUUCCAGAAGAAGCGGCCAAUCAUGAGCCAGGAAUUCAUUAAUCAACACACGGUUGAACACAAUGGGAGGCACAUUUGUAAAUACUUCAUCGAGGGUAGAUGCAUCAAAGGGGACCAGUGUAAGUUUGAACAUGACAAUGUUGUUCCAGAGAAAAAGAAAGAACUGUGCAAGUUUUAUGUCCAAGGAUACUGUACCAAAGGAGACAUCUGUAUAUAUAUGCACAAUGAAUAUCCUUGCAAGUUUUUUCACACUGGAGCAAAGUGCUACCAAGGAGACAACUGCAAGUUCUCUCAUGAGCCUUUAACUGAUGUUACCAAGGAACUUUUGGACAAGAUCCUGAAUACAGAAGAAGAAAAUGUCAAUGAGGAUGUGCUGGAGUUAGAAGAUCUGAGAAAACAUGGAAUAGCUCCAUUGCCUAAACCACCUCCUGGAGUAGGACUUUUACCCACACCUGGGCCUGGAAGCCCUCCAGAUGGAGGCAAGAAGAUCCCUUCUCUGUUUGAGAUCAAAGUUCAGCCUACUGUAGACUUGGCACAUAAGAUUGCUCUAAGGCCUAAUUUCUACAACAGCACGUCUCCCCCUGCUGGACAGUUUCAAGGUGGUGGUGGUCCACAGUUCACAGGUUGCCCUGAGGAUAUGCAGACUGGCAACAUGAUGUCUUCUCCACCCAAUCCUCCCCAGCCCCCACCUUCAGGUGCUAUAGGCCAUCCUCCUCUUUUAUUCACAGGCCCAGGGAUGCCCCAAAGUCCCCCAGGCCAACCACCACCCCAGCGCUUUGGCCAGUGCCCACCUAUGUCACCUCCUGGUCAGCCCCCUGGUUUCCAUGGCAACAUGCAGCACAUGCUCCGCCCCCCCAUGAACCAGCAGGGGGCUCUAUUCCAACCUGUGCCUGACAUGCAAAUGAACAUGCCUUUCCAAAAUAUGGGCCAGAUGCCCUCAGAUUUCUUCAAGAAUUUGUUCAGCAGCCAGUCUCUGGCCCAAGGAGAUGAGGGACACUCUGGACUAAUGCAAGACUCACAGUUGCAAGGUAACGCUGAGUCUAACGGGAUGCAGGAAUUCCUGCCAGCUGUACAGAAGGCUUUGCUUUUACACCUGAAUCAGAACAAGCAAGACUUAGACUCUCACAGGGAAGACGGGCAGGGAGCUGCACCUCCCAACAGAGAGAAAGAUGAAACCCAUAAUUGGUACUCUAGUGAUGAGGAAGAGGGCAGUAGCGUAACAGCCAUUCUGAACACUCUAAAGAAGCAGAAUGAAAUGCUGAAAAACCAGCAGCCCAGCAUGGCACCAGCCGGCCCCAUGGACCCUAGGCUGCAGAAGGAACGAGCUCUGCCAAGUGACCCUCGGUUAAAAGCUGACCCACGUCAGCGACCCCCAGACACCAGAAAGGACAUUGGAGACAGUGUAGGGGACCCCAGGCUUGCCAGAGACCCACGCAAGAUGAAACCUUUGGACCCAAGCUCCUCCAAGCCUGACCCUCAUCGCCACCCACACCCAAACCCCUCCAUGUCCCACAAACCUCCCACCGGAGAUGAGGAUGAGGAAGGUGAGAGAGAGCUGAGGGAAAGAGCAGCCUUGAUCCCAUUGGACCCCAGCCCUGGAGCCAUGCUACGAGAUCCCCGUUGCCAGAUCAAGCAGUUCAGUCAUAUCCGGGUGGACAUCCUCCUUCAGCGUCCGGCCUUUGCUCAAAUGGUUGUGUGGGCUCCAGAGGACCUCAUCCCUUCACUGAUUCCCAAACAGGAGCCCUCCAUAAAUCUGCCCCUCCCACCUUUAAUCGCAGAUGCUCAGCUGAACCGAAGCCUUUCCUCUCCACCAGACCACCCUUCAUUAGCAACGAUGACCCCUCCUGAUCCUCGUCUCGCAGCUGCACGUCUCAAGGAGGGUAUUGGGCGACUCGGUAGCCCUCCCAGCAAGACUCUAGAUUCCCGCCACCAUGCUGACAAACCGAUAGACCCUCGCACUCACAAAAAACUCGAUCCCAGAAUCACCCGGUCUGGCAGCUUGGACUCCAAACUACCUGGUAUGAAGGAGACUCCCUCUGGAGGUGGGGUCGUUGACCCACGGCUACAGCGUGGAAGUGCUGGAGCUUCAAACCAACCUGCGGCCGCUUCUGCCAAGCCUGAGUCGGACAAGUUGCCACCAUAUGCCCCCCGCCUAGCAUCAUCCGUUGGUGCAGGACUUGAGAGCCCAACCACGCUGUUAGGAGGCAUCAGUUUAUACGAUCCACGCAACCACACCUUACUCUCUCCAAAAUGUGAAAGUGAAGACCUUCCUAAAAAGUCAAGUAGCCUAAAGCUGUCUUCAAAGCUCCAAAGCUCUUCACCUCCACAUGCCGUGGCAUCAAAGGAAACAGGAGUAGAAAAGGAAGACAAAAGUCUAGUUGAUGACUCUGAGAGCAACACAACAUGCUGUCCAUCAAAUCCUUCUGUGCCUACGAUGAUGCCGGCGUCUCCCUGCUCACCGGUCUGGGCAGCGGCACCCGCUGUGCACAACCUGCCCAUUCAGGCACUAGCAGGACUAAUACGGCCUGCUUACGCUGACCCACGGCAGAACAGACCUGUUGCCGCUGCUGGUGGGAUGCCGCAAGAAGAGGAAGAGGAUAAAGAUAAUCAAAAGAAAGACAGGCCCCUGAGAGACGUCUUUAAAACGUUUGACCCUACAGCCUCACCAUUCUGCCAGUAAACAUGCUUAUCUAGCUCACGUCUAGUUCACACAAUUAUUGUAUCCUGUACAUCUGUACUUUAUAUUCACGCUACAUGUAUAUGACGUUUUUUUUUUUCUAUUUAUUUAUAUUUGCUUGUUCGUAUAUCCUCCACUGCUACAUCAUCAUCUAGCAAGAUACAUUUUUCUUUUGGACUCUUGUGCAUUCAUGGAUUCUAAUUGAAUAAUAAUCAGGUAAUUGUGUUGCCACAAAUGACUUGAUUUACUCAAAAUGAAAAUGAGAAGCAUUUUAAGUCCAUUUUUGUAUGGUAUGUAGAGACUUUGGGAAGCAGAGUCUACUGUCAGUGACAAUAGUUCUGUUGUCAUAGAGGGUUAAAAGAGAUGUGCAGCUUAAAGUAUUCAUAUUUGUGGUACUGUGUAAUGCAUAAAGUUAUAGUAAAAAUAUGGAUUUUUGGUAAUUUUCUACAGUAUUUAUCUCGUAACUGCGUACAGAUUAUAUAUAAACACUGUAAUAUAUCCAGAUUCAUUUAUCUCUUUCAAAUGUUCUUUUCCAUCAUUGGUGCAUUUGUGGUUUUUGGUGAUGACAAGGUUAAAGUUUGAGAUUCCAUCCUGAGAAUCUCUGUUGUAUAUGUUUUUCUUUUUAACACUUGAGACAUAUUUACCAUGUUUUUUAUUGUCAUUGUUUUUUUGUAAGUUUUUCUGUAUUUGUAUAUGUUUUUUUUUUUCUCACAAAAACAAUACUGAAUUGCUUUGUGUUAUUUUACCAUUAUAACUGAAAUGCCAGUAGGGAACUGAAUAACAAUGUUCCAAGGGAGUCAUAGUACUUUCUCCUUUUUUAAUUCAGUGUCUAUGUCUAAAAUAAAAUAAAAAAGGAAUUGAGUGACUAAUACCACAGUUUCUAAGUGGAUGGAACUUUUUGAUAAGAAAUAUGAGGUAAAUAAAUCUUCAAAACAUGCUUCACUCAUGGUUUUAGCUUUUUAGGUUAAUGCAUUUUAAUGAUUUUGCUUUAAUUUUUUUGCAGAAUAAAAUUAAAAUCCACAGACAAUUUAAGACCUGUUAUUGUGUUUACCCAUCAUUUGUAACAGUCUAAAACUUUAAUGGGUGGAGCAAGGCUGGGAGCAGCAGAAUGGUGGGAGGUCCUACGUAAGCCCAAAUCAUCAGUUUCAAGGUUGAGCUGCUGGUGAGCUUGAUGGAUAAGAAGACGCUUUUUCCACUGGAAACAGAAAGCUGCAGCCUUUGCUGCUUCAGAGUUUGGCUCUGGUUGUUUCAAACCCUGUCAAAUCAGAAAGAGCCAUUUAAAAUGCAACCAAAUCACAAAGAUGAUGAUGCCAAAGAACAUACAUGACAAUAAAGACUUCUCAACUUUGGACUGAUUCUCUAAUGUUUGCUUUUAAGGCCCUUAGUCCAUUGGUUCAUCAAUCCUUUUCUUAGCUUCCUUCAAAAUCAUGUUUUUCCAGGCUGUUGGUGGAAAGGUGUCUUUCCCCCCACCCCUCCCCCUUUUACCUUACCCUGAUUCAAGCAGUGUCUGCAGCUCUUACGCCUUGGAUUACUGUCUGGAGUAAGUUCUGUGCAUUCUUCACAAGGAUCUCAUUUGAUGAUUUGCACCCAGGAGUAAAUGCAUUGACACUGAAGAGACACCAUGCACCCCUUGGGAC